CCGAGAGAGAGCUUACAGACGCUUAUUUAUUCUGCAGGAUCUUCCCGAGAACGGAGGACGCUUCUUUUAUUGACAUUUUGAGACUUUUUCUCGACACUAGCUGCUCUUCAUCCGUCUCCAGAGAGGAUGUCGACGCGAACGCUGCCGCUGCUCUUCAUUAAUCUGGGUGGAGAAAUGCUGUACAUCUUGGACCAGCGACUGCGGGCUCAGAAUAUCCCAGCAGAUAAAGCGAAGAAAGUUAUGAAUGAUAUUAUUACCACCAUGUUCAAUAAGAAGUUUCUGGAGGAGUUAUUCAAGCCACAAGAACUGUACUCCAAGAAAGCCUUGCGGACUGUGUUUGACCGACUGGCUCACGCCUCCAUCAUGAGACUCAACCAAGCUAGUAUGGACAAGCUUUAUGAUUUGAUGACAAUGGCGUUCAAGUAUCAAGUCCUGUUGUGUCCUCGUCCUAAAGACAUUCUCCUUGUGUCCUUCAACCACAUGGAUGCCAUCAGGGACUUUGUAAAAGAUACUCCCAGCAUCCUCAGCCAAGUGGAUGAAACAAACAAACAACUCAUAGAGAUAUAUACCUCUUUAUCCGGUGGAGAGUUUCAAUUAAUUAGACAAACACUCCUCAUCUUCUUUCAAGAUAUGCAUAUAAGAGUAUCAAUUUUCUUGAAGGACAAAGUGCAAAACUCCAAUGGACGAUUCGUUCUCCCCACGUCAGGCCCUGUUCCUUAUGGGACACAAACCCCUGGACUCAUAAGGAUUUUUAGCUGUAGCGGUGAGGAAGUGAGAAGAUCUCAGUUCAGAGAUGGUGGCAAUUACAACACUGCUCUUCGAGAAGGAUCUUUUGAAAUGUAUGGCGAUCGAGUCAUCAAACUGGGCACAAACAUGUACAGUGUGAGUCGUCCUGUUGAGACACAUAUGUCUGGAACCUCCAAAAACUCUUCACAGCACACCAAGGUAAACACAACUCCCAAUCCUUUGGCAAAAGAAGAGUUGAAUCUGCUUGCUAGGCUGAUGGGUGGGCUGGAGGUGCAGAAACCCCCCAGCGCUGACUCUGGCUUUCGUGUCAACCUCUUCGCCACUGAUGAGGAAGAAGAGGAAGCUUUUAUAUCAAGACCGGAUGAGCUUUCCUAUGAAGUUAUUAAUAUCCAGGCAACAAAGGACAAACAGACAAAUGCUGAGCUGGCGAAGAUCAUGGGGGAGUUUGGAGAGACUGGAGAAGCUUCUCCUAGUUCCAGCAGCAAAGGUGAUGAUCUUCUGGCCAUGAUGGACGGAUUGUGACUUCAACUCCAUGUUACCUUCAACUGAGCGGAGUCAGCGAGCGGUUAAGCAGGAUAAAGUGCUACAACGUUUUACCCAGCAAAAGAGGCCUUUAUCAGGUGACCACAGUGACAACCGUAAAUAUUUAAAGCUCCGGUUAAGCUCAACCAGAAAUUCCUUCAGUUUUUCUCACCGAAUGCAGGUAUAGAAAUUUAAUAUGCGUCUUGAAUGAGGCCAUGUUUACUUUCCGCGUUCGUUCUGUGAGAACCAUUACAGUCCAUAUCACUGCGAACUUCACAGAGGCGUCUAUGAGGCUUUGAUGCUGCACACACUUCUGUGACAUUUAGAUCAGUGGCCAGAAUGAAACGCCUCCUCUGGACUGUCGUAGUUGUCCAAGAGGCCGUUCUGUACACAUGGAAUUCGUUGAAAUUCGUUUUGAUGUGACGUUUCGACUGGUGCGGGAUGUUUAUCCACACAACAAGCGCUGUUUGAGGAAACCGAAGUGCACUUGCUGUAUUAUUUAGCACAGAUCCCAAAACUGGUUUACAGGAAGCGCCAGGACAAUUGAUGUGUUUGUUUGUUUUUGUCUUUAUUCAAAGGGAGUGCAACGGGUCAGGUAUUUCUGUCAGGAACAUCAAAUAUAAUGUUUUAGUGUGCAAAUUGUGCAUCAUGUAAAGCAGUGUUUCUCAUCCAUGUUACUGGAGGAUCACCAGCACUGCAUGUUUUGGAUGUCUCCUUUGUCCGUCACACCUAUUACAGGUCUUUCAGUCACUGCUGAUGAUCUGAAUCAGGGGUGUUUGGUUUAAGAGACAUGGAAAAUGUGCAGAGCUGGCGGUCUUUCAGUAACGUGGCUGAGAAACACUGAUGUAAAGGAACUGUAUAUAAAAAAAACAUUUUCAUUGAAAGAAAGCAAUGCAAAUAUGUAUGGUGGAUAAAAUUGUUUCUAUUUUUUCAUAAGCAUAUUAGAGCUUAUUUAUUGACGUGAAUUCACCGACUGCUCAUUUGUGUCUGUUUACGGUUUCAUUAUAACAAAAUAGAUUUGAAUGUGAAAUAAAAUAGAUCUUUUUGCUAAUAA